GAAGCACCUCCUGCUGGUCACCAUGGCCUUCAAGAAGCGACGCAUCUUCGAUAUGCAAUUGGUUCAGUCGCAACAACUGCAGAGCAAACCGACCGAGCACCAUAAAAGCAGCAGCAUAAACAACAUCGAGAAAACGUCCAAGCAAUGGAGAAUCUAUCACUUUCGAGAGAUACGAAUUUGGUUUAGGGAAAGUUUGCGUAAUUUUUGCCAGACCACCUCACUGCACGGCUUCAGCUAUAUUACACGGCCGGAUAUCAGCCGAAACGAGCGUUGCUUUUGGCUCGGCGUCGUCAUAGCAGCUAUCAUUAGUGCCGUAUCCCUGGUGCUUACCUCCUGGUACUCGAAUCGUAAGACACCCACGGUGACUGUCAUCGAGAGCUCGCACUUUCCCACCUGGAAUAUACCCUUUCCAGCAGUAACCAUAUGCAACUUCAACAGGGUGUCCAAAACGAAAGCGUUAAUGCUGAUGGAGCACAUGCAGUUGCCGCCGAAUGUAACCAAAGGGGAGCUACAAGAGCUCUUUAAUCUAACUUUAUUUCCCGCCGGCCGCACAGUUAACAAUAGUUCACUGGAAAUCUACGAUAGAAUACUGAGAUUGAAUAAUAUUACGCUUACGGAACUGAUGAAUCGCCUGUCUCCCGAUUGUCUAGACAUGAUUUCCCGCUGCAUUUGGAAGGGCAUCAAGACGCGCUGCGAGAGUCUGUUUCAGCGCAUCGUCACCAUACAGGGCAUCUGCUGCAGCUUCAACUUUUUCGCAACCAUGACCAACAACUUCCCAGUUAAAAUCGCCUACCAAGUGCCCAAGCGCCCUUAUCGCGUAACUGGCUGUGGUUAUACGACGGGUCUAUCUGUCCUGCUUGAUCCGAUGGUAGCCGAUUAUUACGGCACCUUCUUUAGUGGAUUUGGAUUUCGUCUGCUCAUUCAUGAUGCCUAUAAUUUUCCGGACGAGAAUUCCGAAACCAAGGUAGUUACAUCGACUCGCGAGAGCUUCGUGCGCAUCAACCCAGCGUCAACGUAUGCCACGAAGGACAUUCGUCAGAUGGACCUGCGCUGGAGGAACUGCCUCUUUGGCAGCGAGCGCAAGUUGGAUGGCCUUAAACGCUAUUCUUUCAUCAACUGCAUGUUCGAAUGCAGGAUGAAGAUGACUCUUCAGCGCUGCGGCUGCCUGCCCGCCUAUCUGAUCAACAAUGGCACCAUCAAGAUCUGCGGCGUGCUUGACAUGAAUUGCAUGCUCGAAACCAAGCGCUUCUUCUCACGCGCCCUGGCCAACCUAGACGCUCCGUACUCCAUAGUACGCAAUACGAAAAAUUUUCCCUGCGAUUGUUUGCCGGACUGCGAGUCGAAUCAAUAUGGCUCCGAGAGCACUAUGGGCCGGCUGGACGCCAGCUACUCCCGCAACAAAAUGGCCAACAGCUCGAAUCACACAGAUAGCAUAUUGGUGCACGUCUUUUAUAGCGACCUGAUGUCCACCAGAUAUCGUAUGGAGAUCUUUCAGAACUGGCUUUCAUCAUUGGCGUCAUUUGGCGGUCUCCUUGGCCUAAUUCUAGGCUUCAGCAUUGUCACGGCUUUUGAGUUUGUUUACUUUCUCACGUUUCGACCCAUAUUUAACUACAUCAAUCGAGAAAGAUAUUAGGUCUAG